CGCCUAGUUGUUGUUUCCUCAGGCUCAGGAAGGGAAGUUAACCCCGCUCAGUCGGAGGAACACCCGACACAGGAGAGAGAUAGAGAGAGAGAGGGGCUUUGCCGAGGAGGAAGAGCAAUUGUUUUUGUCUGCAAUUAGAGGACGACCUACUGAAUGAAUGGAAAAGAAGUAGUAAGCUGAGGAGGGACACACACACACCACCUUCCAACACAGCGGCACCGUGUGAGCGGCAACGCUGUAACUACUCGAGCCAGCGUGCAACAUUGCCGCACUGGAUCUGUGUUGAAAGGCAACAAGGGAAUGACAUAAACAUACCUAGCUAUGGUUCACUUGCGGGAACCUUCAGAGACUCUGCUCUUUUGAACUUUUCCUUUCCUAAAACUGUACUGCCGCGGGGAUUAAGAGACGUGGUUCUUGUCCAUCAUUAUCUUCAACAUCUUCCUCUUCUUCUUUUUUGUAAGGGAUUAAUUAUGCCGGACCAAAUAUCAGUUUCAGAGUUUGUGGCAGAGACGAAUGAAGAUUAUAAAUCGCCGACUGCCUCCAACUUCACCACCAGAAUGUCUCACUGUAGGAAUACUGUGGCUGCUUUGGAGGAGGCUCUGGAUGUGGACCGCAGCGUUCUGUACAAGAUGAAGAAGUCCGUGAAGGCCAUCUACACGUCGGGUCUGGCUCACGUGGAGAACGAGGAGCAGUACACACAGGCCCUGGAGAAGUUUGGAGAGAACUGCGUGUACAGAGAUGAUCCUGACCUGGGAUCUGCCUUCCUCAAGUUCUCUGUCUUCACCAAGGAGCUCACCGCACUCUUUAAAAACCUGUUUCAGAACAUGAACAACAUCAUCACCUUUCCUCUGGACAGCCUGCUGAAAGGAGACCUGAAGGGAGUCAAAGGGGAUCUGAAAAAGCCUUUUGAUAAAGCCUGGAAGGACUAUGAAACAAAAGUCACCAAGAUAGAGAAGGAGAAGAAGGAGCACGCCAGGCAGCACGGGAUGAUCAGGACGGAAAUCAGCGGGGCGGAGAUCGCAGAGGAGAUGGAGAAGGAGAGGAGGUUCUUCCAGCUGCAGAUGUGUGAGUACCUCCUCAAAGUGAAUGAGAUCAAGAUCAAGAAGGGGGUGGACCUGCUGCAGAACCUCAUCAAGUACUUUCACGCACAGUGCAAUUUCUUUCAGGACGGCCUGAAGGCGGUGGAUAACCUGAAGCCCUCCAUAGAGAAACUGGCCUCAGAUCUGCACACGAUAAAGCAGGUGCAGGAUGAGGAGAGGAAGCAGCUGUCUCAGCUACGAGACGUCCUCAAAUCAGCACUACAGGUGGAGCAGAAGGAGUCUAGGAGAGAUUCCCAGGUGCGGCAGAGCGCCACCUACAGCCUCCACCAGCCGCAGGGCAACAAGGAGCACGGCACCGAGCGCAGCGGGCACCUCUACAAGAAGAGUGAUGGGUUGAGAAAAGUGUGGCAGAAGAGAAAGUGCACAGUAAAGAACGGAUACCUCACCAUCUCACACGGCACACCCAACCGGCCGCCGGCUAAACUCAACCUGCUCACCUGCCAGGUGAAACAUAAUCCCGAAGAAAAGAAGAGCUUUGACCUCAUAUCCCAUGACAGAACGUAUCACUUUCAGGCCGAGGACGAUCCUGACUGUCAGAUUUGGAUCUCGGUGCUGCAGAACAGUAAGGAGGAGGCGUUGAACCAGGCCUUCAAGGGCGACCAGCACGUCGGGGAGAACAACAUCGUGCAGGAGCUGACCAAGGCCAUCCUGGGAGAGGUCAAGAGGAUGACAGGCAACGACGUGUGCUGCGACUGCGGGGCACCCAACCCGACGUGGCUGUCCACCAAUCUGGGCAUCCUGACCUGUAUUGAAUGCUCUGGGAUCCACAGGGAGCUGGGGGUGCACUACUCCAGGAUCCAGUCCCUCACCCUGGAUGUACUCAGCACCUCAGAGCUCUUGCUGGCCAAGAAUGUGGGGAAUGCAGGCUUUAAUGAAAUCAUGGAGGCCUGUCUAAGUGCUGAAAAUGUGGUCAAACCCAACCCUGCCAGUGACAUGCAGGCGAGGAAGGACUUCAUCACAGCCAAGUACACGGAGAAGCGCUUCGCCAGGAAGAAGUGUCCCGACGCGACGUCCAGGCUGCACACGCUGUGCGACGCCGUGAAGGCCCGCGACAUCUUCUCCCUCAUCCAGGUCUACGCCGAGGGAGUCGACCUCAUGGAGCCCAUCCCUCUCGCCAACGGACACGAACAAGGGGAGACAGCGUUGCAUCUGGCAGUCAGGCUGGUGGAUAGAACGUCUCUUCACAUCGUAGACUUCCUCACUCAGAACAGUGUGAAUCUGGAUAAGCAGACGGCCAAAGGCAGCACGGCGCUGCACUACUGCUGCCUGACUGACAACAGCGAGUGUCUGAAGCUGCUGCUGCGCGGCAAGGCCUCCAUAGAGAUCGCUAAUGAGGCUGGAGAGACACCACUGGACAUUGCGAGGAGGCUGAAGCACCUACAGUGUGAGGAGCUGCUGAACCAAGCGCUGGCAGGGAAAUUCAACGCCCACGUCCAUGUCGAGUAUGAAUGGUGCCUGCAGCAUGAGGACCUGGAUGAGAGUGACGAGGAUCUGGAUGAGAAGCCCAGCCCUCAUCGUAGAGAGGAGCGUCCGGUCAGCUGCUACACUCCGGGCAGUAACUCCCACCUGCAGCCCAGCCCCGCCUCCCUGGCCCGUGACAACAUCAACCUGGCCAAGGACAAGCAGCGCACCUACAUGCCCAACCUGGUCAACAACGAGACCUACGGCACCAUCCUCAACACCAACCCGCCUCAGCCCGGCCUGCCCGCCACCACCUCCGCGCCGCCCCUGCCUCCGAGGAAUUUGGUCCAGUUAUCCGGUCUGGGAGGGAUCGGCCAGUCUUCAGCGUCCUCCAGCUGGAAGCCUGGCUCUUUAGACCUGGUUGGGCGACAGAGGUCAUCCUCUGACCCCCCCAACAUGCACCCACCUGUUCCCCCCAUGAGACUCACCUCGACUGGAGGUCUGGCCCCUCCUCCUGUGGCGAAGACGGUGAGUGUGAUGGAGGCCAUGGGCAUGCAGUCCAAGUCGGGCCAGGGGCCGAGCGGCCCGUCAGGGUCCAGAGCGGUGCCACCCAAGUCUCCUGCAGGCAAUGAUAAAAGCUUCGGCCGAGGACCUCUGAAUCGAACAGGAUCCAUUGAAAGACCAGCUAAGGAAGUGCCAGGAUGUCCCCAGAACUCCAUAGGUCAGUCUCUGCCUCCGGCCCCCAUGCCAAGGAAAGCCUAUCCCAAGCAGAGGCCGAAGCGAGUGAAAGCCAUCUAUAACUGUGUAGCGGACAACCCGGAUGAGCUCACUUUCUCGGAGGGUGAGGUGAUCGUGGUGGAUGGAGAAGAGGACCAGGAGUGGUGGCUGGGCCACAUUGAAGGUGAACCAAAGAGAAGAGGAGCUUUCCCGGUUACAUUUGUACACUUCAUUGCUGACUGAAAGGUCACUCCGGAUCGCAGGAAGUGACCCAGGACAGCAGAGGCACUCCCUCACCCUCCUGUCUCUGUCAGUUUGCGAAACACUGGCAGCAAACAUCCUCACCAUCUUUGGAAUCAGCACCGUCAUCUUCUUUAGCAUCAUCAGAGAGCUUGACCCGUACAGAGCAAGUGUCAGCGCCGUGUCAUGAUCUCCGCCGCAGCUCUGUACGGACGUUGUCAUGCCAACAGUAACUGACUCACUCCGGGACGUCCCGGUGCAACUCCUUACAGCCAGUAGCCCCAUGGACUCCUGGGAUUGUAUGUGGUUUUAAUGCUUGUUGUUCAUAUCGAUUCUGACAAGGACUAUUAAGAUUUAAAAAAAUGAUUGUAGUGAAUGACCUCUUGCAAUAAAUGCACUUUCCACGUCUUUAUCCUGGUUCCAACAUAAGACAACAUAUUUGACAUGAUGAAGGUUGUACUUACAGUGUUCAUUUCAGUCAUUUUCUGUCCAGGUGCAUUGUACAUAGAGACCUUAAGGUGACAGUACAGAGAAGAUUACGGCAAUGUAUUUUAACUCACUAAUAAGUGUAAAUGUGAAUAUAGUCAACAUGCUUACAUUCCACCUCUGUGCAUGAGCGAUGUAAAUGACCUACCUGCUUCUAGGUGCAACAUGUGAGCUCUGUAGUGGGCCUCCUGUGCCGAGGCAGACGUUUCCUAAUGGUGCUAACCCAGGAAUAUGCUAGAAGCUGCACCCAAGGGAGCGCUUCCCUGUCCCCGAUUCAAAGACCGACUGGCAUCGAAAAGGGGGAUGCUGCAUGUAAAAAUAGCCUUCAACUCAGCACACCUGGGAGAACCCACUCUCCGUUUGUGUGUGUGUGUGUGUGUGUGUGUGUGUGUGUAUGUGUGUGCGUGCGUGCAUGUAUGUCUGUGUGUCUCCAUGUGAAUGACAGCAAUAGAGCUGCAAUUGAACUCAAUGUCACGUCUCCUCUGUGAAUGCUCUGUUCUGUUAUUUUCUGCCACACACACUAGUUCUGCCCACACUGUUUUAGUGUGGAGGAUAAGGUUCAGUAGCAACACACUGUCUAGCUCUUCCUCCCUUACUAUUUUAAGUCAAGUGAUGAUGCUGACUGGCACUGCGACAGUUUGUAAUUACCUUUUGUUGAGCCCGUCUGUCUUCUCUUGCGGCUGGCGUUUCCGCUUCUCACCUCAGACUGUGUCUCCGCCUGUCAUCUGCCUUAUUAGAGGAGCAGAGUGUGUUUGUGUGUGUCUUGUCUUCGAGGUAUGAGCUGAGCAGUAGAAAAUAUUGAACUUAGAGGAAAUAAGAUGAAAAAGAUAGCAUGGGAAUGUGAUGAGAAAACUCAGCGCCCACAUGGUGAAUUCUGGGUUUCUCUCUCUUGCCUCUGAGAGCUAAUACAUUCUGAGAAACUAGUUUUCUGUUCGCAAAUGAGCCCGAAUCGAUUUAUAUUUCUGACACUCUCUAUACAUCCACGCAUAGAGAAAGGAACACCCUUCUGAGCUUAAGCCUAUCCUGCACCUGUACAUCUCCAGGGUCCUAUAAUCUAGAAAGAUGAGUUUAUCCAUAGUGUUACGAAAUUAUACUUAUAGAGCAUUCUAUGUAAUUAAUUGAUAUUGGUUGCAGAGCAACUCCUCUCUGUUUAUAUAGAUAUGUUGAUAUGUAGGCAUUUAACCUGAAACAAGAGCCUUCCAUGGCUUUGUGAAUGACAAGAAGAGAAGCAUGUGAAUCCUACACGACACACACUCUUCAUUAUCUUUAAUAUUAACUCACUGGAAACAGGAAGGUUUGAUCAUCUAUACAUGUAAAUACAUUUGGAUUUGUUUUUGUUUGUUGAUAUUUAAGUGUAAAAAGAAGAGUUAACCUUGGCAGUAAAUGUCUUUUAAUGCACUGUGGUGAUGAGCAGUUACCGGAUGUGACCUCAGCUGGACCUGUGUGUGUUGAAAACACAACUAGCUUACACACACAGACACACACACACGCACAACUGGGAAAAUAAACACAAUUCAUGCUCAUUAACUGUGGAUCACUGCAUUGACUCUUAAUUCUAUUGUGCAAAUAAAUGGGAAACUGAAACUGGAAUAAUAAAAUAUGAAAUAAUAAA